GGUGCCAGCUGGCGGAAGACACCACAGAAGAAGAAGCAGCAGCAGCAGCAGUGGCUACCAAGCUAAGCUAACGCACACAACAUUCACAAAUGUGCGAUUUGAGUCAAUAAUACUGCUCCGUACACUUCCGUCCGAGGAAUUUAUGAGCGGCUGCCGUGACGAGGGUCCGUUGUGUAGCCAAACCACUGUCAUCAGGAUAGCCGGUUUAUAUUUUUCGCUGACCCUCCACAGCGUCUGCACUCAUGUCUGAAAGAGGAAACGUGGAGGAGUGGGUUGAGACGACCGAGGAGGUCAUCGUAACCGAGGAGUGCCUGCCCUCUGACAACAGCUCCUCUGCAGAGCUUCCAGCAUUAGAGCCAGAGGAAACACCAAUUCAGAAGCUGUUGGACACCAUGGUGCAAGGAGGAGACUCCGAGUUUGAUGAUGGCUUUUAUUGUGAGGAGUGUCGGUCUCUGUUCCAAGACCAUAGUGACCCUAAUAGUAUGAAUGGUCCAUCCUUUAUACUUGACUCUCCUACUCCCAUGGGCGUUCCCCAGAGGGCCCUUCUCACUCUGCCCCAUGGUCUGAUGAUUGGCAGAUCGAGCAUUCCCAAUGCAGGGCUUGGGGUCAUAAACCAAGGGCCAACAGUGUCCCCUGGAGCUCAUUUUGGGCCCUAUGAGGGCGAAGUGACCACAAAGGAGAGCGCUCUAUCAAGUGAUUUUUCCUGGGAGAUUUACAAGGGAAAAGAUGAGUAUGAGUACAUUGAUGCUGCCAGAGAGUCACACUCAAACUGGAUGAGGUAUGUGAACUGUGCUCGAAAUGAAGACGAGAAGAAUUUGCUCGCAGUCCAGUACAAAGACAGUGUGCUUUUUCAUUGCUGUCGCACCAUAAACCCCGGAGACGAGCUCGUGGUGUGGCCCAGCAGCAAGCUCAUUGUCCGUCUUAGUGAAGCGUGGACCCAGAUCUGGUUUAUGAAGUUAACUCCAGCAGAGAGCAACACGGCUGUGAUGUCACAGAUAUUCCUCUGCUCUCACUGUCAGCUGUCCUUCACCACAGAGGCCUACCUACAGCGACAUACAGAGUACUUCCAUCUACAGCCUAAAGAAAACAGUACAACACCAGAGGUUGAAGCAGCUGAAUCUGAAAGCCCUUCUCCCAGCGCUGACACCGAGCACCCUGCGAACUCCCUGGUGGUGUUGACUGUCGACCCCUUAGAGACCAGAACAUGCUCUGAAUGUGGGAAGAUUUUUAAACACACCCAUCACCUCAAGAGGCACAAGCUUUGCGUCCACUCGAACAGGCGUCCCUACUGCUGUCCACAUUGCAGGCGAAGUUUUAGUCAGGCAUCUGGCUUUGUCAGACACCAGCUAGUUCACAAAAAGCAGGCAGCGACAAAAGACAACAUAGUGCCCGGUCAGAACAAAAUCCUGAGCAAGAAGAAAGAGAGCUCACCACCAAGGUCAGAACUGCCUAAUAUCGGGGAGCCAACUGUAGCUGACAAACUGCCUGAAACCAAAGAAACUGAUGUAAAUGAGCAACUAGCUGAAACUACAGAACAGACUGAACCUGACAAUUUUUCCUUUGGGGAGGCAGAAACUUCCCAGGAGUUGGAUGACGAAUCCAACACAUGCUCAGAAUGUGGUAAGAGCUUUACAAAUGGAUACCUUAAAAAGCAUAAAGCUAUUGUCCACGGCAAUUUACGCCCCUAUGUUUGCACUGUGUGUCGAAAGAGCUUUGGCCAGUACAGCGACCUGGCCAGGCACCUGAAAUGUCACCAACAGAAGAGGAGAGGAAGAGGAGGAGGAAGGGGAAGAGGUGAUGAGGCUGCGGAGGAAGCUACUACAAUCACCUUUUUCUGUGCUAACUGUUCAUUGACGUUUUCUUCUGAAGACACCCUUCAAGAGCACAUAAAUCUCCAUCACACGGAGGAAAGCCCCAAAGUGCCACCAGUGGAAAAUCAAGAGGACAGUCCAGUGCCUGCUGAUGGUGAUGAGGACCAUGAUCCAGACUUUGUUGCACAUCCCUCAAUUGCUAAAACAGCAAAAUCUAUCCAAACGCCUGUUUCUCAGAGACCACAGCGACUUGGAGCUAGGUCCAGAAUUUCUGCCAUAACCAAGCUUAUCGCUCCAAAACGAAGGGCAAGCCUCGGCAAGAAGACGUUAACAGACAGUGCUGCUCCAGCUCAGGAGACCUGUAGUGAGCCAGAGGGGCCUGAUGUCAGCGCUGCAGCGCCGAGAAACAGAGCAGGAAACUCGACAAAAUACAGCUGGUACAGCUGUAGUCGCUGUAAAAGAACAUACAGAAACCCAGAUGAUCUAAAAGCACACAAAUGCAUAGCAAAACCUCUCAAAUGUGCUCAUUGCGAGGCAACCUUUAAUAAAUCUGGUUUCCUGAAGAGGCAUGAAAGAAUGGUGCAUGUUGAGGCGAAAUCUUACAGCUGUGAUCGCUGUGGCAAGUUCUUCAGUAAGUCUGGCAACCUGAAACAGCACCAGAAGGCCAAAAGAUGUGAGAGGCAUCAUUGUGCUUCUGAGCUUUUCCCAUGUUCAUUUUGCCAGUUUUCCUUCACUAUGAAGAGCUACCUGCGCAAGCACAUCAGAAGACACCACGCCCAAGAGUACCUGUCACAGUCUGAGUCAGACAGCCAGGCGGACGUGCUGGGGGAGGAGGAAGAGGAUAAACCUCAUGUCUGCCCCCACUGUGGGAAGAGUUACGUAAGCACCAAACAUUUCAAAUCUCACACGUGCUUCCAGCAGGUGAGGAUUCUGUACUUAUGCACAGACUGCGGAAAGGGCUUCGCAAAUCACUACGGCCUCAAACAACAUCAGCGUAUUCACACCGGGGAGAAGCCAUACAGCUGUCCUCACUGCACAAAGAGCUUCUCCUACACCGGGCAGCUCAACGUGCACAUCAGAACUCACACUGGAGAGAAGCCGUACCUGUGCACCCACUGUGGCGAGAGUUUUCGGCAGUCAGGAGACCUGAAACGACACGAGAGGAAGCACACGGGGGUGAGGCCGUAUAACUGCCCGGACUGCUGCAAAAGCUUCAGCCGCCUGCAGAGUCUCAAAGCUCACCAGAUGCUUCACCUGGGCCAGAAAAUGUUCAAAUGUACCCAGUGUGGAAAGAGCUUUUCUCGGAACUAUCAUCUCAGGAGACAUCAUCAAAAGAUGCACUCGUAGCCAGAUCACACUUUUAGUGUCUUAUGGAAGUUGCAGACUUUAUAAAUUGUUGCCUGAAUCAUCUUAAUUGCACUAAGUUGUCAAAUUCAUAUACUUCAUGUGAUUUCCAAGGGCUGCAUAGAAUUAUUGAAUAUUCUCUCUCUAGCUGUGUAGCUCUUAUACUCUGUUAAAAGCAGUCAGUUAAUGUUCAGACUGGUGGAUUUUUAUGUUCAAAGGCUUUCUUUUGUCUGGUAAAGAGCUUUUCAUAAAACCGGUGGGGGAUAAAUUGACCUCAUCACUAAAUUCCUCUUCUGCAAUUAAGACAAAAACGUAAUAGAAAUGUAAUGGAACUUGCACUUAGACAGCUGUGCUAUUAAACAAAUCCAGAUGAUUUUGCUGAGCUUAUUGCAGCUUACGUUGUCUCCAGAUGCUAAAUAACAAAUAAAAACAGCAAUCUUGACCAUCA